AUGGAGGAUCUCAUCCACGAGAUCUACACUGUUGGACCUCACUUCAAGGAGGCCAACAACUUCCUCUGGCCCUUCAAGCUCUCUUCCCCUAAGGGUGGCUUCAUCCGCAAGCGUCACGGCUUCAACGAGCUCCGCGGCGGUGACUGGGGCAAUCGUGAGCAGUUCAUGAACAAUCUCAUCAAGAGGAUGAACUAA